UCGCCUCGUACUACUACACGUCAAACUAUCAUUCAAGAGAGGUCGACGGGAGGCUGCUGAACUAAGAAGGAAGUAGAGUGUCUAUAACACCCCGUCAUGGGGACCAAAAAGAAGAAAACGCAGCUCAAGCCGGUGGCGAGGGGUUUCGCGACUACCUCUAUGCCAAAGAAAGUAGUUCCUGCGGUGGAUGCCAGCGAAGAUAACAGUUCAUCGGCGGAUCUCAAGGAUAUAGAGGUACAAGGAGAGGCAUCAUCGUCAUCGGGAGAUGUUUCGAAGUCAGCCGACAGUGCGCCAGGACAAUCCGAGCAAGAUGUAGAUCCCGGUCUUCAAGGAUUCGUUGACAAGUUGCAGGAUAAGACAGAGAAGGACAUCGUCAGAACCAUCAAGGCUAUUGAGCAGGAGAGGCGGUUUGCUGAGACUAUGACUCCUCUGGAGUUCGACUCCAGCUUAGUACAACGCGUGCUGAACUUGACGAUGGAUUCCGAGGAGGGCCGUGAACACGAACCUACGGUAGACGAACCAGCAGAGAAAGCACUGGCUCGUCUGGCUGUAACGUACGGGGUCCUCAGACGACUCGGGUUUUCCGAAGGAACAGUUGAAGAAUGCUUGCGAUCGAUCAACGGUGUCGAUGUGGACGAGGCAUUCGAUUGGUUACACCUGCACUGCACGGAUGAGGAGCUGCAAGUAGACAGUGACGCCCAGGUUGGUGGUACCGAAGCAUCAAGCUCCAAGGCAAUCAGUGUCCCUUCCACUCCCCGGACAACACAGCAUUCGUUGCCUUCCCGCAGCCGCCCUGUCACUCCGACAACGUCCGUACCUUCGUCCCCGAUUAGAGCGGGAUUUCCAGGCCGUCUCGACGCCAAUGCACCUGUGUUCGUACCAAGUGGCCUGUCUUCGCCUUACCCCUCCCAGGACAACACGCAGGUUACAGAGUCAGGGAAUGUGACGCCGACUUCGAAGAAUGGUCAUCGCAGCUCGAGUAGCUCUGCGAGCUGGUCCCCAACAGACGAUCCAAACGCCGCAUUCGUACAGCUCAAGAUGCAAAUAUCAGAGUUGACUACCCAUCGGCAACCAGGCGAGACACGCGAUGCAUCCUUCCUCCAGCAUUUGCAACGACGCCUAGAGGAGGUCAAGAAGGAUUACCUCUUCGAUGAGGUUGAUGCAGAAAGCCAAUACCGCAUCGAGCGCGAGAGGGCCGAUGCUCGUAUGCUACAGUCAAAGUUGCGUGGAAGUGCAACGGCAGCCCCGCUUACUCCAUUGAUGCCUACGACGCCUACGACACCUCGGAAGUUCAAACCCGUUCAAGCGCUGUCUCCCAGUACUGCAGACGCCACAAAAGCGGACAUCUUCGACGAUGAAGAGUCGACCGGCGGCAUGUUCGAGCUAUUGGACGAAAUGCCGACGACGGAAGUCACACAGAGCGGCACGACUGUGAACGUUCGAGAUAUGGCACUCCCGAAACACUGGUCCGGGCGCACUCCGAAGUCUGUCCUAGCAGAGAGAGUGCACAAGGUUGACAGAUUUGCCGUGAUCACGUAUACCGACAUCUCAGGAACGAGUCGAGUCAAGAGAGCCAAAACUGAUAUUCGAUGGAGUGGUGGGAAGACGGAUACCUGGUCCAUGGACGAUAUAGCAUGCCACGACAUGUCGCAGGCAGAGCAGUACAUCUCGACUGUCGCUCUGCAUGCGCUCGCCUUCCAGCAGUCAGAGGGAUUCGCACUAGGGGCCACGGCUGGUACAAAUAGUCAAACGGCGUUCAGACUGCUGCCUGCUAUCCACCGUGAUCUCUGGGACGAACUCGAGAAGCGUAGACUCGAGCAAGACAACGCUACCAACCGCGAUAUAUGGGCCAAGCUGAGAUCGAUACUCGAACCGAAGCUGAAGACCGAACGGGAGAACAUCGAGAAGAGCGCAAAGCCUACAAGCGACUUGAAGCAGCGCCACGGAAGCCGGAGCUACAAACACGGGAGCGAAGUAGAUCCAGAGCAGAUAAUAGCCAGCUUCCAAGCACGCCAAUCGAGUCCAGCGUACCAAGAAAUGCUUCGACAACGAGAGCAGCUUCCGAUAGCACAUUAUCGCGACGACAUCAUCGCUGCCCUCGAGACGUCUCAAAUCCUAGUCCUGAGCGGCGAGACCGGAUGCGGCAAGUCUACUCAGCUGCCCUCCUUUAUUUUGGAGGAACAUCUCUCAAAAGGCAAGCACUGCAAGAUCCUUUGCACUGAGCCCCGCCGGAUCUCUGCGAUAUCGCUGGCGCAGCGCGUGUCACGAGAAUUGGGAGAGCCUGCUGGUGCAGUGGGCACAGCGGGAUCCAUAGUCGGGUAUUCGAUUCGUUUGGAGAGCAAUAUCACGAACAAGACGCGGUUGGCAUACGUCACCAAUGGUAUCGCACUGCGAAUGCUGGAGGGUGGAUCUGGCCCAGGAGGUCAAGGAGCGGCUUUCGACGAGAUCACUCACAUCAUCAUCGACGAGGUCCAUGAACGCACCAUAGAGUCCGAUUUCCUGCUCAUCGUCCUCAAGUCCUUGCUUCUCGAUCGCCCCGAUCUCAAAGUCGUCCUCAUGUCUGCCACCGUGGAAGCUGAGAAGAUCUCGAACUACUUCGCCGGUACUCCUGUGCUCUACGUGCCUGGACGGACUUUCCCAGUCGACGUCCGUUACUUGGAAGAUGCCGUGGAACUGACUAAAUGGAAGGUCACCGAGAACUCGCCAUACGCUCGCCGAGGUUAUGACAAGUUCUCGCGAAGUAAAGCGCGUAACGAAUGGUCCGAGGACGCUAUUCCUGCAGACGACGACGACGAUGACACACAGGAGAAGGUCAAGCUCGAGAAGCGCUACUCAACCCUGACCGCCAACACGAUCAACCUUCUUGACGAACGUCUUGUACCCUUCGAUCUCAUCAUCCGACUGCUGGAACGCAUAUGCCUUGAAGACCCUGCCUAUGCGGCGUACUCGUCAGCGGUGUUGAUCUUCAUGCCCGGAAUGGGCGAGAUUCGACGACUCAAUGACCUCUUGAUGGAGCACGAUGCUUUUAGUUCUGAGGAUCGGUUUAGGAUCUAUCCGUUGCAUUCCACGAUUUCAAGCGAACAGCAAGGAGCAGUGUUCGACAUCCCUCCUCCUGGUAUACGUAAGAUUGUCAUAGCGACGAACAUUGCCGAGACUGGUAUCACGAUCCCGGACAUUACGUGUGUCAUCGACACGGGAAAGCACCGCGAGAUGAGGUUCGACGAGAAGCGCCAGAUCAGUAGGCUCGUAGAGACGUUCAUCGCGAAGAGCAAUGCUGCCCAGAGGCGUGGUCGCGCUGGGCGUGUUCAAGCGGGGCUCUGCUUCCAUCUUUUCACGAAGUACCGUCAUGAGAAGAAGCUGGCGCCUCAUCCUGACCCAGAGAUGAUGCGCUUGAGCCUUAGCGAUCUUGCGUUGCGUAUCAAGAUCAUGAAGGUCAAGCUUGGGACGACAAUCGAAGACGUGCUGUCGCGUGCGUUAGACCCGCCACUGCCCGUGAACAUCCAGCGGGCUGUCUCAGUCUUGGUCGAGGUCCGAGCAAUGACUCCCUUGGAAGAGAUCACGCCGAUGGGUCGCUUGCUGAGCAAGCUACCCACCGACGUCCAUCUCGGGAAAUUCCUGCUCAUCGCCGCGCUGUUCCGCUGUCUGGACCCUGCACUCACCAUUGCAGCCACUCUCAACGCGAAGUCUCCGUUCAUCACGCCGAUGGGCAUGGAACAGGCUGCCGAUCGCGCCAAGAUGUCUUUCCGCAUCGAGAACUCGGACUUCCUGACUAUCCACAACGCCUUCGCAAGCUGGCGGCGUGCAUCCGCGAAUGGCCAAGCGCAAGCGCGGAAGUUCUGCAAGGAGAGCUUCUUGAGCUACCAGAAUCUGCAACAGAUUGAAGAGAUCCGGCAGCAGUACCUUGGGUACCUCGUUGACUCGUCGUUCCUCCAAGUGGACAGCGCGUUCGUACGCGAAUUGAGCAGAGCGCGAUACAGUCGGAACCGAACCCGAUUCGUCACCGUGCCUCCAGACAUGGAUGCAUGCAGCGGAAACGCGCACCUCUUGAACGCUGCUCUCGCUGCCGGCCUGUACCCAAAGAUCUUGUCAAUUGAUCCUUCCACUGGCGCGCUGAAGGCCGUCUCGAACAAUCAGGCGGCCUCCUUCCAUCCAACCUCGAUCAACUUCGGCAAGCGAGCGACGGACUUUGGGGUCAACCACUUGUGCUACUUCACAUUGAUGCAAUCGAAGAAGCUCUAUGCAUGGGAGACGGGACCCGUAGACGAACUGGCAAUGGUUCUGCUUUGCGGAGAAACCGAGUUCAAGCUGGCCGCCAACAGUGUGUACAUCGACCGGAAGAUCAAGUUCUGCUUCUCGCCCAAGACUGGGGUCGCCAUCAAGCUCUUGAGGGCUCAACUAAGUUCGCUGCUCUCAACCCAGAUGCGAACGAAGCCGUUGUCAGAAAGUCAAUUGCUGUGGAACGACCUUGCCAUGAUGGUCUUGGGGAAGGUGAAACCAGAGGAGCCGGGAAGACAGUUGGAUAGCAUAACCCUCGUAGUCAACAGUCGGUAGUAGCUAUCAUACUGCAUCCAUGCAACAUGAAUAUGCAUGCAUUUAUGUGAAGACGUUCC